AUGUUACCUCUUGGACCUCCAGAUAAUGCACCAUCACAUCAAGGACUCCAAGUCGGUCAAGCGUUACAUCAAAAAGUUCCAACUGAUCGACAGUUACCAGAAGGAGCUGCAGUCAACCAAAGGGAACCGCAAAGACCUCCGAUAAAUCCGCUGCAACCGCAAGGAGGUUUUUCAAAUCCAAGGCUGCCGCAGGGUCCUCGUUCGAACGAUUUAAGUGUAUUAGGUUUAUCAAACCGGUCUAUGAAGAAUGAGCAACCCUCACGAUCAGUUUCAACACGUCAUGAAAGUUCUACUGAAUGUCGACACCACUGCACACUUCCUCCGCCUCCUUUACUAUCGCCAAUGCCACCACUGAGUUCUGGAGAACAUCCUCCUCAGUACCCUGCUUUCCCUCAAUAUGGUCAAAUUCCCCAUCAUACUAUGCCUCCAGUUAAUCAACAUUAUAUGUCCCCAGCCCCUCAGUACUCUAUGCCUUCAACUUCUCAAUAUCAUAUGCCCCCAGUCCCUCAGCAUCCUAUACCUUCAACCUUUCAAUAUUAUAUGCCCCCAGCCCAUCAAUACUCUAUGCCUUCAAACUCUCAAUAUUCUAUGUCUUUAGUUCCUCAGUACUCUAUGCCUUUAACCCCUCAGUACUUUAUGCCUCCAGUCCCUUCGUACUCUAUGCCUUCAAUUCCCCAGUAUCCGCCACCACAAACUCCUCAAAAUUCAAUGGGGCAUCACUACCCAUAUUCUUUUCCCGCUCCAUACUAUCCGCCUCAUGUUUAA